GCUUAAUGGCAUACCGUAUGCCUACAGCAUGGAUGAUGAUAAAUACCCCGCUCGUGCACGUUCAUUCAUGAAGAAUUUUUUGUCUCAUCACUCAUCCCAUCACUUACCCCAUCACUCAACUCAUCUCUCAACUCAUCUCUCAUCCCAUCUCACUCGCCGCGAUUCCAAUCCAAUCCAAUCGAUGACUUCGAUAGCAGUACCAUUGCUCGUUAUCUCCCUUCUCCCGCGUAUAGCGACUGCAGCCCCGCGCGGCGGCGGCGGAGGAGGUGGUGGAGGCGGAGGCGGCGGCGGCGUCACUGACGAAAAGACGCGUCUGAUCCUCAUAAUAGUCCUCAGCAUCGCCGGCGGAAUUUUCCUGUGCUUCGUGCUGUGGCGAUUCUGGGUGUGGCUCCGCGAGCGGCGAGAUAAUUCCGCCCGGGAAAUGGAGGAGCGCGAAUACCUAAAGAGCGAUCGGCCGUAUGCCAUUAUUGCGGCGGAGCAAGAGGCUCAGAGACGCAAGGAGGCAGAGGCAGAAGAGAUGGGGAGGAAGUGGUGGAUGCUGUGGAAGCGGCCCACGAAGGUUCAGAAGGAGGGGUCCGCCUUUGGGAAGCCGAUCGCGUCAGUCGGGUUGUUGGCUGGUGGGAUCGCUGGUGAGUGAGUGAGUGUGAAUGGGGCUAGGAAGGGUGGUGAAUGGGACCUGGGAGGGCUGAUCGUCUCAUGAGGGUUGGGAGUAGGCGGGCCAUUCGGCGGGUGUAUAAUGUAUUUCCAUGUCGAUAACGAAGUAAUGACACCCUACACAUCUAGUCUCG